CUACAGCGUAGUAAUACGUACAGUGUCAGAGUACACGAGCGGACGCUGCACUCCCGCACAGAGUUCCCCAAUGCGAACCCCCGCUUUUCUCCUCAUGGUUCCAGUCCUCCCGCCACACCCAGCAGUUCACGCUUCGAUUCGCAACGGAGUCGAAUGAGGCAAUUUCCAGAAACGCCCGUGGAUCAAGGUCGCCUGCACGCGCUUCGCCGAGAUCCUUCGGUCGCAAGUCUGUUGUCGCUCUAUGACCACGAGGGCCGCCUCGAUGCAAAGGCGUUCUCGAACACUCCGCCCUCUAAUUACGAUAAUCGCGGAUCGGUACGUCGUUCGGGAUCGACGCUGCGGCAACUUCUGGGCGAUCCGGUGCAGUCGCAGGAGGACAUUACCUGGGCCGAGCAGUUCCUGCAGUGCGUCCACUGUCUU